AUGAAGAGAUCGUUUUCGUUUAGCUUUCUGGUUAUGGUGACGUGUUUUUGUUCUGCUUUGGUUAUGAGUCAAGAAGACGAUGUUCAGAGAUUAUUGUCGUUCAAGAAAUCGUCGGUUGAUUCUGAUACAAACGGUGUUUUAUCAGACUGGAUGUCUACAUCGACGUCGUCGCCGUGUUCAUGGCGGGGGGUGGUUUGUUCGAAAGACAGCCGCGUCACCGCCGUCAAUCUCACCGGUGGAUACCUCUUCGGUACACUUAACCUCUCUGAUCUCAUGUCGAUUUCCACUCUUUCUGAUAUUUAUUUCGCCGGAAACUAUUUCUCCGGGAACCUUUCUUUCUCUUCUUCUUCUUGUUCGCUUCAAACGAUUGAUUUAUCGGCGAAUAACUUCUCGGCGACUUUGGACGUUCAGUCGUUGUUUCUGACAUGCACUAGCCUUCGUUCUCUAAGCUUAUCAAAAAACAAACUUUCCGAUUCUUCAGUUCUGUCUGUUUCUCUCUCCAACUGUGCGAAUAUGAUCAUGCUUAAUUUCUCCGGCAAUAAGUUCGCCGGAAACCUUCCGAGCACUCUCGCUUCUUGCAAGUAUCUUUCAUCUCUAGACCUUUCCAACAACUGGCUUUCAGGUGAUAUACCUAUUGGUUUUAUCCCCAAAGGACCAUUCACUCUUAAAUUCCUUGAUCUUUCCGGCAACAACCUCACCGGAAAAUUCCAAAAUCUUGACUUUGGGAGCUGCCAGAAUCUUACUGUGAUUAAUCUUUCUAGAAACGAAAUCUCCGGGAGUGGUUUCCCGUUUAGCUUCACAAACUGUCAUCUUCUCGAGCGGUUUGACAUCAGCCACAAUGCUUUACGUAUGAAGAUUCCAGGGGUGAUGAUCGGAAAUUUUAAGAGCUUAAAAAGCCUGUCGUUAGCUUACAAUCAGUUUUUCGGGGAGAUUCCGUCGGAGGUUGGAAACGCUUGCAGCACACUCGAGGAACUUGAUCUUUCCGGCAACCAAUUAACUGACGCGCUUCCGUCGACAUUCCGUUCAUGUGCUUCACUCUCCACGCUCAAUCUGGCUCACAAUUAUCUCUCCGGCGAUUUUUUAACGACUGUCGUAAGUUCCAUGUCGAGUUUGAAGUAUCUGUCGGCGUCGUUCAACAACAUCACCGGGAAUUUACCGAUGGCGUUAGCAAACUGUAGUCAGCUUCAAGUCAUCGACUUGAGUUCUAAUGAUUUUACAGGGAACAUACCUUCUGAAUUCUGUUCAGCAACGACGCCGUUUUCGUCACUCGAGAAAUUACUGUUGGCUAAUAAUUACCUAUCGGGAAUUAUACCAAGUAGUCUCGGAAGCUGUAAAACUUUGCAAACGAUUGAUCUCAGUUUCAACAGCCUCACCGGUGCAAUUCCGUCGGAAAUAUGGAAUCUCCCGAUGAUUUUGGACGUCGUAAUGUGGGCUAAUAACCUCACCGGUGAAAUCCCGGAGGGAAUUUGCGUCAAAGGAGGAAACCUUCAAACGUUGAUUUUGAACAACAAUCUUAUCACGGGAACACUCCCGAAUUCAAUCGCGAGUUGCACGAAUCUGCUUUGGGUUUCGCUUUCGAACAACAAACUGACCGGAGAAAUCCCAAACGGAAUCGGGAAUUUAAUCAAUCUCGCUAUUCUUCAAUUGGGGAACAAUUCACUCACCGGCGGCGUUCCGUUAGGGCUUGGGAAGUGUAAAAGCUUGAUUUGGCUCGAUUUGAAUAGUAAUUCUCUCGAUGGGAUGCUCCCGAAAGAACUUGCCGAUUCAGCCGGGUUUGUUUCUCCGGGACCGGUCUCUGGGAAACAGUUUGCGUUCGUGAGGAAUGAAGGUGGCACCGCCUGUAGAUUCGCCGGAGGAUUGGUUGAAUUCGAAGGAAUACGAAAAGAGAGACUCGAAGGGUUUCUGAAUUACCAUUUUUGUCCAUCCACCAGAAUCUAUUCCGGUUUGACAAUGUACAAUUACGGGAGUAACGGCAGCAUGAUCUAUCUUGAUCUGUCGUACAAUCUGUUAACCGGAAGUAUUCCUGAAAGCUAUGGUUCCUUAAGCUACUUGCAGGUUUUGGAUUUGAAGAACAAUAAUCUCAGCGGAGAUAUUCCAUCCAGUCUUGGGAACUUAAAAACAGCUCUUCUUCUCGAUCUUUCUCAUAAUUCUCUGCAAGGAUUCAUCCCGGGAUCAUUAGGAGGUCUCUCAUUUCUCAACGACUUCGACGUGUCAAACAACAAUCUCACCGGCCCGAUCCCUGCCGGCGGACAGCUCACCACUUUCCCGGCGGAGAAAUACCAGAACAAUUCCGGUCUCUGUGGGUUGCCAUUGAUUCCUUGCGGUUCCGUAAACGGCCAUUCCGGUGUUAAACAUGGACGAAAGAGAACAGCCUCCAUGGCCACAGGUGUGGUGGUCGGGAUUUUGGUGUCUCUUAUAUGCAUCAUGAUCCUUACAUUUAUUCUAUUCAAAAUGAAACGAUACCAAAAGAAGGUGGAAACUCGAGAUAAAUACAUCGAAAGCCUGUCGACUUCCGGAAGCAGCAGCUGGAAACUCUCCGGUGUUCCAGAACCUUUAAGCAUCAACAUCGCCACCUUCGAGAAGCCAUUGAGAAAAUUAACAUUCGGCCAUUUACUCGAAGCUACAAACGGUUUCAGCGCCGACACAUUAAUCGGCUCCGGUGGGUUUGGGGACGUUUACAAAGCCCAAUUAAAAGACGGAAGUGUCGUCGCCAUUAAAAAGCUUAUACACGUCACAAGUCAAGGAGAUAGAGAAUUCAUGGCGGAAAUGGAAACAAUCGGGAAAAUCAAACAUCGUAAUCUGGUUCCUUUAUUAGGGUACUGUAAAAUCGGAGAAGAACGACUUUUGGUUUACGAGUACAUGAAAUGGGGAAGUUUAGAAGCUGUUCUUCACGAUCGAGUCAAAGGCGGUGGUUGUGUUCCAAUUCUAAACUGGGGAUCGAGAAAGAAGAUAGCUAUUGGAUCAGCAAGAGGGUUAGCGUUUCUUCACCAUAGCUGUAUACCUCAUAUUAUUCAUCGUGAUAUGAAAUCCUCCAAUGUUCUUCUCGAUGAAGAUUUUGAAGCUAGGGUUUCAGAUUUUGGAAUGGCGAGACUUGUGAACGCGUUAGACACUCAUUUAAGUGUGAGUACACUCGCCGGAACUCCAGGAUAUGUCCCGCCGGAAUACUACCAGAGUUUCCGGUGUACUGCAAAAGGAGAUGUUUACAGCUAUGGAGUUGUGCUUUUAGAGCUUCUCUCCGGUAAGAAACCGAUUGAUACAAUGGAGUUUGGUGAUGAUAAUAACCUUGUUGGAUGGGCGAAACAGAUGCAGAGAGAAAGAAGAAUACGUGAUAUUUUGGAUCCUGAAUUGUUAUCGGAUCAAUCAUAUGAAUCUGAAUUGUUUCAUUGUUUGAAGAUUUCGUUUCAGUGUGUUGAUGAUAAGUCAUGGAGAAGGCCGACAAUGAUUCAAGUGAUGGCAAUGUUUAAAGAGUUGCAGGAAGAUUCAGGGAGUGAUAUUCUUGACGGGAUGUCGAUGAAAAGUUCAGUGAUUGAUGAAUCUCAAGAGAAAGAUCACAACUGA